AUGUCCGCAACCUCUGCCCAGGAUCCUCCGAGAUGCAAGAGAGGCUGGCUGAAAUGGGCCAAGGCCCAAAUGCACCCAAAGUACGCCGAAGUACAUGACUUGGACUUCCAACUCCGCCGAAUUAUCAACACCAUUUCCUGGGACAAGAUACGCAAGAGAGUACUCGUCGCUCAGGAGCCGUCAUACAAGCGACUUCUGGCCUUCCUAGGCAAUGCUCAGAACCACAGACUGCGCCCACCUUCGCCGGUGGACUGCGAGGCAGUGAGAAUCAUGAAUGGCGGCGAAUUCCCCAACAUCAUCUCAAGCCUUCUCAGGAACGCAGGCUGGGAGCCCAGCGCAUGCACUGAUCCGUUGCUGAUUGCGAUAGAAAGAGUCUUGCGUCCUCCGCCUCCACCCCCACCAGAGAAGGAGAGGGAAGACCUUGCUCCAAAGGAGCCGAUACCUUGGAUGGAAUGGGCCAAGCGCCAGAAGAAUCCGGCAUUCGAUGACGCCCCUGAGCGGGCGGAGCUCGAAGACAACCUCGAAGCCGUGAGAUGGAAUGCCAAGACCCCAAAGUGCUAUAAGCUCCAGCAGCCGUUCAUUUUCCUCAUGGGGCGCUGGGGUCCUGAUGGAGAACGUAAACCGGAUGAUGUGCCUUCCGUCAUCGACCUCGAGGCUACGAGGAUCAUGAACAAUGGCAAGUUGCCUCAAGAGCUGUGCGAGUGGCUCGCCAAUGACGGCUGGGAUGCCGAGAAAUGUUGCAACCCAAAGCUGUCCAUCGCGGAGAAGAAACUCUCAGCCGGUCCUCCGGCAACCACGCAUCAGCAAGAGCCGGUUACCCCUAGACCAGUGGACGGAGGUCAAGAGGCCGCGAACACACCUCCGGAGACCCCAGAGGGCGAUGAAGAGAUGACUCCUGCUUCCCCUGAAGUUGUCGAGAAAGUUGAAAGACCGCAGACGCCAGCACCACCCCAACCAUCGAGCUUUGCCUCUUCGCCUGAUAAUCAAAUUGACCCAGCGGAAUACCCACGCCUGGAGAUGCUAUGGAAGUCAACCCCGGCACCGCGUACUGAGGUCGAGGAGGGAAGAAUGCCGCCCCCACAAACCAAGACCGUAAAGCGCCCUUCGGCUGAUGACCACGGAGAAUCAGCUCAGCAAGCGAAGAGACAGAGAACGAGCAUGUUGCCGGGCGAUCCUCUCAGUGCAGGUGGAAGUUUCGAGCCUGGAGGAAGGAGCAACUACCAGACCUUCCCUUCGCCGCGUGGGGUCACCAUUCCGCGUCAGAACUUCUUCAACUCCUCAUCCACAGCUCAAAACACUAACACCCGAGCGUCUUCCCUGAACAACCUCACCAGACCACCACCUCCUACGCCGUUCCCUUCAGCAAACUUCGCCAGACCCAUCGCCACUCCCUCAGCAGACCCAAUCCUCUCUGACACACACGCCCCUCACCCGGCCAUCCAUCCCAGCACGCCAAUGCGAUCCCAACCUCCCGCCUCAGACCAGUCCUUCCCUCCCAUCUUCCACGACAUGAUGUCCAAAAUGGCAGACAUGAGCGCCGCCGUCACCGCGCAGGUCCAGCUCCGCGACGAGGAGCACCACCACCACCAAGACCGCCUCCGCCGCGCCUUCCUCGCCGUCGAGCACGCCUCGCGCGAAGUUGGACGCGCCGGCAACGCCUUUGACAUUGCCCGCCGCGACCUCGAUAUGGCACUCGAGCAGCAGAACAUCACCAUCACGGCGCUGAAGACACUUCUGGACGCCAAUGGAGCUGAGAUGCAGCCGGUACAUCUUGACGAACCCGAGGUCCCUACGCGCGAGCGAGAGUCUUGCCUCCCGCAGCUCUUCGGUACGCUUUCGAAUUUCAGCAUUUUUAUGGUUCUACAUGUCGCCCACACGUUCAUUCUUCUCGGCUACUUCCUCACGCAGGGAUGCUACAAUUUCUUCAAAAAUCUUCGAAAUGUCUGA